CGUACUUAUGUAGUCGAUUAUGACCAGGUUCUACCAUAUCAACUGAGUAAAUCUUGAUACGGCGUUAAAAAAGGUCGAGGACCUACUGGCUUAUGCAGUACCAGGCUACAUUAAUCCUAUUACUUAUCAGCUUUGACCGACUCUCCUACCAAAGACACAUGAACCUGAGAUAACAAACACAUAGAAUCAAACCACCACCCUCCCAUCUUCCCCUCCAUACAAAAUGAACCAAGCAAAACGAGUAAUUCUCCGCAUACCAGAACCCGACUUCAACCCCCAUGACCCCUACGAAGCAGUUCGAUUAUACCUUGAAAAGAACGGUCGCUCAGCCACAGAACUUGAAACUGGCCGUCAUUUCAUUCAUAUCCAACCGUCGAAUUCGGAUAUAACCCAAAGAAACCCCAAAAUCUAUAUUAUUAUGGAUAUUGAAAAGGACUGUUUCUCCGGGCCAAUCCAUCAUGACUUCCCGCAUGAAAUAUAUCGUAUUUGUCGCGUUGAUAAUAAAUUGAUGAUUGGCAUUUACCGGGAUAGUCCCUGGUAUAGGAAUUUUUAUCGCGAGGUGCGCAAAAUUACGGACGAGUCAUAUCCUUGGGGAAAGACUAGACGUGAUUGUAUAUUGUCUGGCGAUGAGGAGAUACCUGCUUCGGAGAGUUGAAAGUAGUACUGUAUGUAUGUACUGUAGGGGUGAGGCUACAUUUUACUGUCCACAGAGGGGUUAUAGUUUAAUCUCAUAUAUAGAGCACAAAUAUUGGCCAAUGCAGCUGUGGCAGUUUCUUGAGUAGCUUAAUGAACUGGAUAACUAUCAGGUUCUUUUGUAACCAAGAAAGGUCAGCGGCGG